GGAGGAGGAAGGAUCGCCCAAGCGCUGUCGCUUCGCCUGCCGCUCGCAACGCUCGCCGGCGGCGGCCGCAGCCCGCCCCUCGCCGUAUGGCAGCCCAUUGAGAGGGAGGAGCGGGCGGGGAAGCCGAGGAGCGGCGGCUGCGGCAGCGUCGCCCGCCGGGAUGCUCCCCGCUCUCCGCUGAGGCGCCGCGAUGCUGUCCCCCGAGCGCCACCGCCACCCGCGCCACCCCGCGCCGCCGCCCAGCCAUGUCGUGGCCACCAUCGAGAACCUGCCGGCCGAGGGCGGCGGCGGUGGCGGCGGCAGGAGCGGCAUCUCCGCGCCCUCCUCCAGCGUGCGCCAGAGGAUCAGGAAAGUGCUGAACAGGGAUCUCCUGCUGUCUGUGGCACUUGGCCAGGUACUCUCCCUCCUUAUCUGUGGCAUUGGUCUCACAAGCAAGUAUUUGUCAGAAGAUUUCCAUGCCAACACACCUGUUUUUCAGAGCUUCCUCAAUUAUAUCCUUCUGUUCUUGGUCUACACAACAACACUAGCUGUCAGACAAGGAGAAGAAAACUUGCUGGCAAUUUUAAAAAGGAGAUGGUGGAAGUACAUGAUCCUGGGAAUAGUAGAUAUAGAAGCCAAUUACCUGGUAGUCAAAGCUUAUCAGUACACCACUCUUACUAGCGUACAGCUCCUAGACUGUUUUGUCAUCCCAGUGGUUAUACUUCUUUCCUGGUUCUUCUUACUGGUACGAUACAAGGCAGUACAUUUCAUUGGGAUUGUGGUCUGCAUUUUGGGCAUGGGCUGCAUGGCAGGAGCAGAUGUCCUCGUUGGGAGACAGCAAGGAGCAGGUGAAAAUAAACUGAUAGGGGAUCUCUUAGUACUGGGUGGAGCAACACUGUACGGCAUCUCGAAUGUUUGUGAGGAGUAUAUCGUCCGAAAUCUGAGUCGAGUGGAAUUCCUGGGCAUGAUUGGACUCUUUGGCUCCUUCUUCAGUGGAAUUCAGCUUGCAAUCAUGGAACACAAAGAGCUGUUGAAAGUUCCGUGGGAUUGGCAAAUAGGCUUGUUGUAUGUCGGUUUUAGCGCCUGUAUGUUUGGCCUCUACAGCUUUAUGCCAGUGGUCAUAAAGAAAACCAGUGCAACUGCCGUCAACCUCUCCCUACUCACAGCUGACCUGUACAGCCUCUUCUGUGGAUUAUUCCUCUUCCACUACAAGUUUUCAGGACUUUACUUGUUGUCAUUCUUCACUAUCCUCGUUGGGCUGGUGCUCUACUCCUCCACAUCCACCUAUGUAGCCCAGGAUCCUCGAGUGUACAAGCAGUUUCGAAACCCUUCAGGACCUGUUGUAGACCUGCCAGCUACCGGCCAGCUGGAGCCUUCGGUAACAUACACCAGUCUGGGGCAGGAGACAGAAGAGGAGCCUCACGUUAGAGUUGCUUAAACCCAGGGCUGUUGAUCACCUACUGAUGAUUUGGUGGAGCUCGUAUAUCCAUUAUAUCUGUAUUGUACAUAGAGAAAGGUAUUUACCAGGUGCAGUUACACCAGUGAGCUGCAAGGUAGCAAAUAAGGAAAGCUCAUAAAAAUACAAAUUAUUUGUUCCAGGGUGUUCAUUGCAAGGAGAUGCCAGUCCCUCGUUUACGAUAUGAGCAGCAUGUUUGCAAUACAAACUGCUGUCUGUCAGUCAGUUAAUGUCAAACUACCUAUGAAAGAUACUCAAUAUAUAAGCUGAAAUUACAAAAAGAAAUUCACAGAAAGGUGGGUUUGCACUCACUGAGCGAUAUUAUGCCUAAGCCACACCAGUUGUGGAGGAACUGCCUUUUUACAGCAAAUACACUUGUGCAGUCACUGUUAAUUUCUCUCUAAGAUUUGUUUGUUUGCACAAAAUAGAUGGUUUAAUCGUGGUAGCAAAACCCUGACACAUUCUUACUUGCACCUUGCAUUUGGUGAGGGAAGAACAACAAAUUCAGCUGUGCCAACUGACUAGUUGCCCUUUCUAAGUAAUCUGUUCCAUGAAUCCAGAGGAGGGACAACUUACAAUAUCCGUCUCUAUUCUAGGAAUAGGUAUAAGGCGAGCAUUUUAGCCUUUCUAUAUUUGCAGAAGUGAAGUACUCAAGCAUUGACCUCUCUGUGAUCCAUGGCAGAUUUCCUAGUGGCUGAGGUUCUGCAUCAGGUGACACAGAGUUAGUUUCUCUGUAGUUGUGACUAACAUAGAUUUCUUACUUUUUAAAUUUUAAUCUGUAAAAAGAAAAUGCAUUUUCUAGUUUCCUAUGUAUUGUACCUCUCCAUGGUAAGAUGACAUAUCAUGUGGAUCAGGGCGCUUAUUUUAGAUACUCAGUGCAUUGAGGGCACCUUCUGCUGUUCUGGUUUCCUAGUCUCCUAUGGUUCAUUAUUCUAACAAUAGUGAUAUGGGAACCUACUAAUUGUAAAAAUCAGGGAGAUUAAAUAAGGAAUUCAUGAGCAGAAAGACCGGACCAUCUGCUGGUGUUGCUGCAGUAGCGCAAAGGCACUCAUAUUGGCAGGGUGCAGCCAAUUAUUUUUCAUUAACUACAAAACUAGUAGAAGAAUUCAGCCAUUUUCUUAGACUCCUGGGGACAUGUGAAAGUAGUAAAGGUGUGUUCAACAACUGUACUUCUGCUCCGCCAGCCUUAUCAGAGUAGGGGAAAUCUUGGACACCAUCAUGAAAAAUCCAUCUCUGCAUGUAUGUUUGCUCUUCUGAGAGCCAAAUAAAAGGAAAUCAUUAUUUCAACAUCCAUCAUCUAUUUUUAAUUAAAAAUUAAGGAUGCAAAGAUAAUCUUUUGUAUAACAGGUAGGAGAAGGAUCCAGGAGAGCUUGGUUUUAUUCGCAGAUCUGCCAUAUCUCUGAUCUUGGGCAUAACUUACCUCUGUGUGGCUGAGUUUCCCAAUCUGUAUAUAUGGGAAUGAUAUUUACGUACCUCACAGGGGUGCUAUGGGACCAAGUUAUUUUAAAAUGCUUCAGGAUCUUGAAGGAAGGAAAUUAAGAAGUACACAAUAGUGCUGUAAAAGUGUGUAUACGUUCAUUGUAUUUGGAAAUGGAGUUUAUGGCAGGGUUGAUGAAUAUUUUGCUUGUGGGCAAAGAAAAUUAAUUUCAUUUGAAUGUUACUCGGCUGAAGAAGUCUGUCUGGAGUGAAAAUGUAGGGCUUCGUGUUUGAAAAAUACAACUUAGCCAUUUCUAUUUAAAAAAGGAAAAAAAAAAAAUCAAUCUGUACCCUGGAAACUAAAAAGGCCACACAGUUCAACCAAGCAGGAUGAGUUUCUGCUGAGGUAACUUUCUUCUGUAGUCCUGUCUUGUUUUAAUAUGGAAGGGGCUUCCCUGAAGCAGACUCGGAGUAGUAUUUUGUAUCUUAUUCUUCUUGUGGAGAAGGAGAAGAGGUGAUUUCUGUCCCACUGUGUUUAGACUGUCUGCCACGAUCCUGCUGCAGCUGAUGAAAGUGUCUGCAGGUUGCCAAACCAUGCCCAAAACCAUCCCAAAAGCUUUGGUUAAGAUGGUUUGGUUUUAAACUCAUAACAAAUGUAUGAUUUUUUUUUUCCAUGCAUUUUAUUUAUUUAAUCUUUUUAGUCCUCAUGUUUCCAAGCUUUUUCUCUUAAACUGUAAACGAUUAAAAAAAAAGGAUUCUCACAGAGAAACAGAGUCUGUGUUCUGGGGAUAUUAAGGAAAAUCUAAAUCCUACAGGAUUCAAAGGAAAAGAAAAAAAAAACCAAACCAAAAACUGUGACUACCCAAUACUUCAAAGUCAGGUCUGUGAGGUGGAAUUCCAAGUGGAAAGUGCACGGUCAGGUAAAGCCCUCAUGCAAUGGGGCCAGCAAGCAUCCUCAGGUCAAGCACUGGGAGGGCUUCAGCUUCAAAUGGCUUUCAUACAUUCCCCAGUAGCAGGGUCCUUGGUUGUAAUCACCAUGGCUCCCUCAAGUGCCUGAAGGCACACCAACAGACACCUGUCAUCUCAGUCUUUUUUGCUACCUUUUGUACCAAUUAAAUACCUUUCUCUGAACAUUAGUCCCUAUGUUGGUCUUGAGACCUUUGAGGAUUGCGUGUGUGCGUGUUUGUUUCAUGUUUACAAUUCCUUUCUUUUGCAUAAUUGUUUUGAUUAAUUUCGUUACUGGUAUUUAUUUUUAAGCCAAAUGUUUGUAGUCCUUCUGCCUCCCUUUCUUCUUUUUUCUGACACUAACUUGUAGGUGUUUGUUAGAGUCUUCUCGGAAACAGCUGGGUAGGAGGCAUCUCCCAGCCAGUUCACUGGGCGGGGAGUUGCUACUUACAAAGGUUUGUGAUCCAUGGGUGGCUGAGAGGUGCCAUCUAAAGCAAUUUUUAUAGGCUAUUUUAAAAAGAUCUGUUGUAUGGAAAUAAGGUAUGAAUGUUUCGGUGUCCCCUCUGUACCCAGCCACCACCGCCUGUAUUACUUGUACAAGAGGAGUUGAUGUGCAAAGUGGGGCUAUUUCACUGUGUGUGUCUCCUGUUAACAAAGGUGGAUACUUGGAUAAGCACCAGGGUGCUAGCACUGGGGGGACCUCAAAGAAACACAGUAGUAUAGCUUUACAAGUAACUGUUGACUGAAAAACUGAGGUCUAGUAAAGGAAAAUAUUGCUUCUACCUGCUUGUUUUCUGCAGUUUGGGGCCUCAGUAUGCACCAGCAAAGGUUCAGCUAUCUAACCGGCAGCUACUCUCCGUGUCGUGUAGGACGUCUCUAGCUCUGUAUAGCUCCUUGCCUGAACAAACUGAAACUCUUAUACUGCUGGGUCUGAGCAGCCCUCAGCAAGACUGAUGUAAUUUUCUGCUACUGGAUGAAAACCUUCACUGGGAGACAGACUUUGCCUUUGUUCCAGCUACAAACUUUCAAAACACACAAUGACAGACCAAGCAACUGAAAAUUUUGCACCACUGUGUCAUAAGAAGAAGUUUUGAUGUAUAGUGUAGAGAUUGCUAACUUGUGCUAUUAACAUUUUGACAAGCGUGUAGUAUUGUUUUCUUUCCUUUUUUAAAAAAACAACCAUUUAGUAUUCCUGAGCUAGCUACAAAUAUAAAUUUUACCCCAUGGGUAGGAUUUUAUUGUUAAAUGCCAUAAUAAAGCACACUAAUCUUGACACUGCAGAUGGAAAGAUGAACCAAAACCAAGCAAACAAAAUCCCAACCCCAAAUCCUGCAUCAAAAAGCUGAACAAACCUUUCUCCAUUUUGAUAUUUGCAUGUACCUCUAUGGACUGGCUGUGGCAAUGUAAUGCCUGUAUAAUGUUUUCAA